AUGCUGCGAAACUCACGAAUGCGAUUUGUAGUCACACGGCGUUGGUUUAACUCCAGCAGCAGCCGCAUGUGUGGGUCGUGCAUGGAUGCUCGGCUGCGCACCUGCAUGACAAGGAGCUGGAAGCCGACGGUGACGAUGAGUCACACGCCUUUGUCUGUCUCGUACCGCAGUAUCGCCUACAAGACUGAUGCGGCAUCAUUCGAAAGCGAAGUUAUUCAAUCACAACAGGCCAUUUNUGUCUCGUACCGCAGUAUCGCCUACAAGACUGAUGCGGCAUCAUUCGAAAGCGAAGUUAUUCAAUCACAACAGGCCAUUUGCGUUGUGUACUAUCGGCCAGAAAGCAGCAGCUGCAAUGCUUACCUGGCGCACGCAGAACGCCUCGUAGACCGUCUCAACGAGGAAAUAAGCGUCAAAGACAACAGCAAAAACAAGAGUGAGUCCUCUGUGCAGCGAGCAUGGCUAAAACUUUGCACCAUCAACGCUGAUGAGAACAGGAACCUCGCGUCAGCCUUCUCUGUGGAGCGGGCAAAACUGCCGGUGACCUACUUCAUCAUGCAGGGCACUAUCAUUGACAAGGUUUCUGGCCACAUCGUGGAAUCACGGCUGGAGGGCAUCCUGCGUAAAUUCCUCGAGCACUACCAGCAGCAGCUCAAUGUUGAUCUCAUGGGUGGUGGAUCACCGGAUCGACAAAAUCCACUGCCGGCGGCAGCCAGCGCCGAUCUCCUGCACGGCGCCUCCACGCAGUACCUGCAGAACAAAAUCAUGAGCGCACUGGUUGGCCCUGAGUGCAUCCGCCUCCCGGAAGAGAGCGGGCAGCUCGACGGUCUGCGCAAGACCAUUCAGCAGGCGAAGAAGAAAGCCUACGAUGAGUUGCAGGAACUGCGUCGGGAGCUAGGGAUGGACGUGCGGCGACUUAGCGAGGAAGACAUGGUGUCACGGUACUAUCACUCUUCCCAGUACGCUGCUGUUGCAGUUCUAUGUGGCCUAGAAGUCCUCUUCUUGGCUCGUGUGCAUGCCACAAUUGGCGAUAUAGCAGCAGAGAAUGUCAUGUUCGCGCUUAAUGCCAUUCAACGUGACUUUACGCCGGUACUCGGCGACGCCACCGUGCGGCGGUUGAUGUCGCUCUCCGAGGUGCUGCUCGUGCGUGGCGAAGCGGUGCUGGAGCAGCGGAAGCUGCAGCACUCGGAACAAAGUAAUGCUGCCAAUGAGUACUUGACACGGCUCCUGCGCUGGAUUGACGAGCUCGUGGACGCUCGUGCGGUGCCGGAGCAAUUUCCCAGUGAAGACGUGGAGGCAAUGUUCAGCCUGCUUAAGUCGGAUCUCCCAAAAGCACGGAGACGUCAACCAAAGGAGGAAGAAACAAAGGAGGUGGAGACCGAGAGCGCGAGGCGUGUGCGGCAGGUAAAGACGUGUCUGUUGGGCGUCCUCCAGCUUUACCAUGGUGACCCGAAAAGCCAAGAAGCACGAUCGCGGCUCUCCUCCCUCCUCUACUGA